UUUUCUUUUGUGGCGAUGGCCUUGACCGUUACGCAAUCCAAAACGAAAGUGCUCUUCUUUUCCGGAAUAUUCGAAUUUCCCGGCUAAUAAGACUCCCAUUCGACACGUGGAUGCAGCGUGUAAACGGCGAACCCGUCCCCGGCGUCCCGUCCAACCCCACCGCCUGCAAAAACCGACGGCAAUCCACUGACCGUUGUGGCGACCACUCACACUCAUAUCUCGCUUCCCUUCUCUGAGCCUCUCAUAAUCGGUGAAAGAUGAUCCGCUAUGUUUAUAUCAAUGAUGAUGAUCCAUCACAUGAUAUUUUUUGUGACAACCACAUAUCAAACCAAAAAUAUACAUUAUGGAAUUUCCUUCCAAAGAAUUUGUGGGAACAAUUCAGACGAUUUAUAAACCAGUACUUUUUGUUGAUUGCUUGCCUUCAACUGUGGCCACUCAUAGCUCAUGUCAGUCCAGUUACUACAUGGGGUCCGCUCUUUAUUAUAUUUGCAGUCUCAGCAACAAAAGAAGCAUAUGAUGAUCACAAUCGAUAUCUUUGCGACAAGAAAGCGAAUGAGAAAGAAGUUUGGGUUGUGCAGCAUGGCUUUAAAAAACAGAUACAAGCUCAAGAUGUUCAUGUUGGUAAUAUAGUAUGGCUUUGUGAAAAUGAUGCAGUCCCAUGUGAUCUUGUUUUAAUUGGAAGUUCCAACCCACAAGGUCUCUGCUAUGUCGAGACAUCUGCAGUUGAUGGUGAAACUGAUCUCAAGACAAGGGUAGUGGCCCCUGCUUGUAUGGGAAUUGAUUCAGAAUUAUUGCACAAAAUUAAGGGUGUGAUUGAGUGUCCCAGCCCUGAUAAAGAUAUCGGAAGAUUUGAUGCAACUUUGAGAUUGUUUCCUCCAUUUCUUGAUAAUGAUAAAUGCCCCUUGACUAUAAACAAUACAAUACUUCAAUCAUGCUACUUAAGGAACACGGAAUGGGCUUGUGGGGUUGCUGUUUAUACAGGAAAUGAAACAAGACUGGGCAUGAGUAGGGGCCUACCUGAACCCAAGCUUGCAGCUGUUGAUGCUAUGAUCGACAAGCUGACAGGAGCAUUAUUUGUUUUUCAGCUUGUGGUUGUUACUGUUUUAGGCACAGCUGGGAACAUCUGGACAGAUAAAGUAGCAGCAAAGGAAUGGUAUCUUAGAUAUACAGAAGAAGAUCCGUGGUAUGGGUUACUGGUUAUUCCUCUUCGGUUUGAGCUUCUUUGUUCCAUCAUGAUUCCCAUUUCAAUAAAGGUAUCACUAGAUCUUGUUAAAAGCUUGUAUGCAAAGUUCAUUGAGUGGGACAGUGAGAUGGUUGAUGUGGAAACUAGGACACCAUCUAAUGCAGCAAACACAGCAAUAAGUGAGGACUUGGGGCAAGUAGAGUACAUAUUGACUGAUAAAACAGGGACACUUACUGAAAACUGUCUGAUUUUUAAAAGAUGCUUUAUCAGUGGAAGAUUCUAUGGAAAUGAAAAUGGAGAUGCUACAAAAGAUGUAGAGCUACUUAAGACUGUUGCCUCUAGUUCUCCUGAUGUGGUUCGGUUCCUGACAAUAAUGGCAAUAUGUAACACUGUGGUUCCUUUACAAAGCAAAACUGGACAUAUUUCAUAUAAAGCACAUUCUCUAGAUGAGGAAGCUCUUGUAUACGCUGCCUCUCAUUUAAAUAUGAUCUUUAUCAACAGGAAUGGCAAUAUUCUUGAAAUCAACUUUAAUUCUUUGAGAAUUCAAUAUGAAGUAUUGGACACUCUUGAGUUCACUCCUGACAGGAAAAGAAUGUCUGUGGUGGUGAAAGACUCUCAAAGUGGAAAAGUCUUCCUCUUGUCCAAAGGAGCAGAUGAGGCCAUAUUUCCUCAUGCAUGUGUUGGACAACAAACAAGAAUGUUCUCUGAGGCCGUAGAUUAUUAUGCUCAGCUAGGUCUCCGGACUCUAUGCUUGGCUUGGCGUGAAUUGGAGGAAGAUGAGUAUCAAGAAUGGUCAUUGAUGUUUAAAGAUGCUAACAGUUCAUUGGUAGAUAGGGAGGGGAUGGUAGCUGAGGUCUGCCAAAGAAUAGAGCGUGAUUUGAAGAUCAUAGGAGUUGCUGCAAUUGAAGAUAAACUACAGGAUGGUGUUUCUGAAACAAUUGAGACACUCAGGAAAGCAGGAAUAAACCUUUGGAUGCUGACUGGUGACAAGAAGGAAACUGCUAUACAGAUUGCUCGGUCAUGCAAUUUUAUUUCUCCAGAGCUUAAAUGUCAACUUUUACACAUUGAUGGAAAAACUGAGGAUGAAGUGUUUAGAAGUCUAGAAAGAGUUCAACUCACAAUAGGAAUAACAAAUUCUAAAGCUGAGCAGGACAUGGCCUUUGUAAUUGAUGGUUGGGCUCUUGAAAUUGCUCUUAAGCAUUACCGAGAAGCAUUCACUGAACUUGCUAUACUCUCCAAGACAGCUAUAUAUUGUCGUGUGGCUCCAUCCCAAAAAGCUCAGCUUGUAGAACUCCUAAAAUCUUAUGAUUACAGAACACUGGCGAUUGGGGAUGGCGGAAAUGAUGUGAGAAUGAUCCAGCAGGCUGAUGUUGGGGUUGGUAUAAGUGGGAGAGAAGGAUUGCAGGCAGCUAGAGCAGCUGAUUAUAGUAUUGCAAAAUUUCGAUUCCUUAGAAGACUAAUACUUGUACAUGGACGGUACUCUUAUAACCGGACUGCAUUUCUAUCCCAAUAUUCCAUCUACAAAUCCCUCUUGAUAUGCUUCAUCCAGAUCCUUUUCUCAUUCAUUUCAGGUGUCUCUGGAACUAGCCUUUUCAAUUCUGUUAGUUUGAUGGCUUAUAAUGUUUUCUACACCAGUGUCCCGGUCAUAGUCAGUGUUCUUGACAAAGAUCUUAGCGAAAGAACUAUAAUGCACCAUCCGCAAAUACUCUUUUACUGCAAAGCUGGAAGCAGGCUCCUGAACCCUAGGACGUUUGCUGGAUGGUUUGGCCGAUCUCUCUUUCAUGCAGUAGUAGUCUUUUCCAUCACCAUUUGCUCCUAUGCUUUUGAGCGGUGUGAAAUGGAGGAGAUAUCAAUGGUUGUACUUUCUGGAUGUAUUUGGCUGCAGGCAUUUGUUGUUGCAUUAGAUACCAACUCCUUCACAGUGUUGCAACACCUUGCCAUAUGGGGAAACCUACUUACAUUUUACAUGAUCAACUUAAUUGUAAAUGCCUUUCCAUCAUCUCAAAUGUACACAAUAAUGUUCCGCCUCUGUCAACAGCCAACUUACUGGAGUACUAUCAUUCUUAUCGUUGCGAUAGGAAUAGGACCAUUAGUAGCUCUGAAGUACUUCAGAUAUACAUUUGCACCAACUGAAAUCAACAUACUGCAACGAGCUGAACGCUUGGGAUCCCCACCACCGCCCUGGGAAAAUAUAGAAGUGGCAGGGGAUAAAGAUGUUUCUCCUCUAUCAAAUCUGCAGCCCAAAAACAGAAGCCGCCCAAUGUAUGAGCCCCUGCUCUCGAACUCCUAAAUGCAGAAAAGUGUUCUGGUACAUAUCCACAGAUUAAAGCAGGAUUGUGAGACAUUAAAUUCAAAUUCAUCAUCAGAAUCAUAGGAUCACCUAUUGCUGUACCCAAUUUUGUAUAGAGCAACGUGCGCCUAACUUCAGGAGAAUAAUGGACUUCUGUAAUAAUAACGUUCAGCCUCAUUCCAACCAUUUUUUUUUUUUUGUAAGUUUAAAAGAAUGAGAUAUAGACAUAUAGUACAUGGAAGUACAAUAAAUGCAAUUACAGAAGUAGGAAUGGCAA